UAGAGGGCUUUAAUAUUACGCUGUCAUUAACCUCAAAAUUAAAGACUGCCAAUUAAUCGAAUUAAUCAAAGAAAAUGACCUUAUACCACUUCGGAAAUUGUAUAGCGCUUAUAUACGUGCCAUAUUACCUCACUUACAAGAGCUCCGGACUAUCCGAAUAUGGGGCUUUUUGGAAGUGUUUCCAAGCCGGUAUGAUCUACAUGUUCACACAGCUGGCUAAAAUGUUGGUUUUGGCGACGUUUUUCCCCGAUAACGUCGGCGAUAUAGGCAAUGAUAUUAUAGGCGAAUUUCUUAAAUCAACGGUUGAUCUGGCGGAUUUGAUCGGCAUUUACGUGGUUUUGGCGGGAAUACCCGGCAAAGGACACAGCAAAGUGCUAACGGCAGGUAUAGGAUGGGCAACUGCUGAAGUCAUACUUUCCAGGGCCGUAUUUCUCUGGGUUGGCGCUCGGGGGGCCGAAUUCGACUGGAAGUACAUUGAAAAAUGCUUGGAAUCGAAUAUUUCCUUGGUGCAACACAUUGUAACAGCCACGUUGGUAUGGUUGUGGUCCAGACACGAUUUGAAGAGUAAUUUGAAGACCAUCGUGACAGUAUUAUUGGUGUUUUUGAGUUAUAAACCGCUGCUGUUGGAUUUAAUUGUUAAAAUGUUGAUGGCAGGGCCUUGGAUGGGGCUUUUAAUCAAGGCUUUAGUAACGGGGGUCACAGGGUUUUUAACUUUGAUUAUUUAUGCUGGAUUGGCCCAAGUUAUAGGGAUUUUUUGAUUUUUUUUAUACCAAAUAAAUUGCAAUACUUGUAGGGCAAAUUAUUUAUUAUUAUAUUAUUCCAUUAGUAUAUGUUUGUUUUUUUGUUGUACAAUCUUUAUAAAUAAAUAAAUAAUUAAACACGGCACAGAUUCUAUGAUAUAACAUUUAUUUAACUUACAAAAUAACAAAUUAUAGGAAUAAACAUUAAUAUUUAUUCAACCUUAUAUUUUUAGGCAAUAUUUACUUUAUUCAAUUAAUUGUUUUUACUCAUUUUCACUGCGUUUUUGUUUAAAUAUUAUUUUAAUAAAGGGAGUCCCAAAAAUAACACUUUUAAUUAAUUGUCUUAAGACUAAAAUAAUUUGUGCCUUUUUUGGGACACCCUGUGUAAUAGGAUGCAAAUUACAUGUGUGUAUGUAAAAAAUAAUAGGAAUUAAAUGCAUGUACAGCAGUGAAAAUGAAAAAAACCCACAGCAAAAGAUACUGUAAUGGGUACAUAUUGUACCAAAAUAACAAUAAAUAUAAGCAGAAAAGGACUACUGAACAAGUUUUAGUGUAUAUAAAAAGUAAUUGAAAAAAAAUCAUUUAUAAAAUUACAGUAUACAGUAUAUUUACAAGUCCUACUCAUAACAAUUAUAAAAUAUUAUCACAACAACUGAUAACAAUCCCUUUAUCGUUUUUUCCCUUUUUUUUCAUUUCGUUAUUAUUUUGUUUCCUUUUUAUGUCGUACAUGUUUUUGAUUUAAGUACUAAAACAAACCCUGAAAGGUGCAAAAACAUGUGUU